UAAGUUUCUACCAAUAAAAGGGGCGGAGCGAUAUCCGGGUACUGAAUCAUCACUCCUCUCCUGUCUUCUACUUCUCUCACUUCCCCCACUACUCUGUGUAUUGUGUGCGUAUGCAUACGUAUUGAUCGUGGCCGAACCCUGAGAGCAAUCUAAUCUCUCAUGGACAAUUUUAUACCAGCGGAGUUCGAUUUGGACAACAAGGAUAGGUCGGAUGAGGCGCUGAAGAAGUGGCGGCAAGCCGUAGGGACGCUGGUGAAGAACCGGCGGAGAAGGUUCCGGUACGCCGCCGAUCUUGAGAAGCGAUCCGAAGCCAAGGAGCAGCUCAAGAGACUCAGUGAAAAGAUUCGUAUUUCUUUCCUUACUCUAACGGCAGCCCUCAGGUUUCUUAACGGUGCACCUAUUAAAAAAACUCAUCCUGAACCAUCGGAAGAAGAUAUAGAAAAGGAUAUUCAAAAUGGGCUUCAGGAAGAAGCUAAACUUGCAGGCUUUAAAAUCCACCCUGAUAAACUUGGAUCUCUUGUUGCUUCUUAUGACAUUAAGACCUUAACUAAACUAAAAGGCGCUGAUGGACUUGCUGAUAGAUUGAAUGUUUCACUGGAAAAAGGAGUGAACUCAACUGAUGUGCCUGCAAGGCAAAAUAUAUAUGGCGUCAAUCGCUACACUGAGAAACCUUCUAAAGGUUUUUGGGUGUUUGUAUGGGAGGCUUUGCAUGACUUGACACUUAUUAUACUUAUCGUUUGCGCUGUAGUGUCUAUUGGAGUAGGGCUUGCUACUGAAGGGUGGCCAAAGGGCACGUAUGAUGGUUUGGGAAUUAUCGUUAGCAUACUUCUGGUGGUCAUGGUUACUGCAAUUAGUGAUUACAAGCAAUCAUUACAGUUCAAAGAGUUGGAUAAGGAGAAAAAGAAGAUUUUUAUCAAUGUCACUAGGGAUGGAGUUCGACAGAAAGUCUCUAUAUAUGAUUUGGUCGUUGGAGAUAUUGUUAUUCUGUCCAUCGGAGACCAUGUUCCAGCAGAUGGAAUUUUCAUAUCUGGGUUUGACUUGUUGAUUGAUCAGUCAAGUUUGACUGGUGAAAGUGUGCCAAUAAACAUAUACGAAAAAAGACCAUUUCUUCUUGCAGGAACGAAAGUUCAAGAUGGGUUUGGUAAAAUGUUGGUGACUACAGUUGGAAUGAGAACCGAAUGGGGAAAGUUGAUGGAAACUCUAAGUGAGUGUGGUGAUGAUGAGACCCCUCUGCAGGUCAAGCUAAACGGUGUUGCAACAAUUAUUGGUAAAAUUGGACUUUGCUUUGCUGUUUUGACUUUCCUAGUCUUGACUGUCAGGUUUUUGAUUGAGAAGGGACUUCGCAAUGAAAUUACCCAAUGGGGCUCUAGUGAUGCUCUGCAGCUUUUGAACUACUUCGCUACUGCAGUGACCAUUAUUGUUGUUGCAGUUCCUGAGGGAUUGCCCCUUGCAGUUACACUUAGUCUUGCCUUCGCAAUGAAGCAAUUAAUGAAGGACAAGGCACUGGUAAGGCAUUUGUCAGCCUGUGAAACGAUGGGUUCUGCUACGUGCAUUUGUACUGAUAAAACAGGUACAUUAACCACAAACCAUAUGGUAGUCAGUAAAAUAUGGCUUUCUGGAAAAUCAAAGGAGGUUGAUGCCAGUGGACACAAGGAUGCAUUAGAUAGCUAUAUAUCAGAACAAGUUUUAUCCGUUCUCUUGCAAGGAAUAUUUAACAAUACAGGAGCCGAGGUUGUCAAUGAUAAAGAUGGAAAAAGGUCAAUUCUGGGUACACCAACGGAGUCAGCGAUUCUAGAAUAUGGAUUGCUUCUAGGUGAUUUUGUGGAGCAACGCCAAGUCUGUAAGAUAUUGAAGGUUGAACCUUUUAAUUCUGAAAAGAAAAAGAUGUCUGUUCUUGCAUCAAUUCAAGAUGGCAAGACGCGAGCUUUCUGCAAAGGUGCUUCAGAGAUUAUAUUAAAAGCGUGCAGCAGGGUAAUUAAUGCUGAUGGGGAGAUUGUCGAGAUGUCAGAAGAUCAAGUAAGUUCUAUCUCGGAUAUCAUCAAUGGGUUUGCCAAUGAAGCUUUACGUACUCUCUGCUUAGCAUUUAAGGACAUUGACGAAGAUUCUCCCAAGGAUAGUAUCCCUGAUAGUGGCUAUACUCUGAUUGCAAUAGUGGGAAUAAAGGAUCCGGUUCGCCCUGGUGUGAGGGAAGCAGUUAAAAUCUGUUUAGAUGCUGGCAUUGCUGUGCGCAUGGUUACUGGUGAUAAUAUUAAUACAGCUAAAGCUAUUGCUAGAGAGUGUGGAAUACUUAAAGAUGGGGAUGUUGCUAUAGAAGGUCCAGAGUUUCGCACUCUGAGUACCGAGCAGAUGAAGGAGCUAAUACCAAAACUAAAGGUAAUGGCGCGGUCUUCACCAACAGACAAGCAUCUUCUAGUGAAGACGUCAAGAAAUGAGCUUGGAGAGGUCGUUGCAGUUACUGGCGAUGGGACAAAUGAUGCUCCAGCUAUGCAUGAGGCAGACAUUGGACUUGCUAUGGGCAUUGCAGGAACAGAGGUUGCGAAAGAAAGUGCAGAUGUGAUUGUGCUAGACGACAACUUCUCAACAAUUGUAAAUGUUGCGAAAUGGGGACGCUCAGUGUACAUCAAUAUUCAGAAAUUCGUUCAAUUCCAGCUGACUGUCAACAUUGUUGCUCUUAUGAUCAACUUCAUUUCUGCUUGUGCAUCGGGAUCAGCUCCCCUCACGGCUGUGCAGCUGCUUUGGGUGAACCUAAUAAUGGACACUCUAGGUGCACUUGCCCUGGCCACUGAACCACCAAACGAUGGCCUGAUGCAGAGGCCUCCUGUACGAAGAAACGAAAGUUUCAUAACCAGGACAAUGUGGAGGAAUAUAUUCGGGCAGAGCAUCUAUCAGUUGGUUGUUCUACUUGUCCUCAAUUUCAUCGGGAAGCAAAUAUUGGGACUCUCAGGUUCUAAUGCCACUGAUGUGCUCAAUACAUUCAUCUUCAACACCUUUGUCUUCUGUCAGGUGUUCAAUGAAAUCAACAGUCGUGACAUUGAGAAGAUCAACAUCUUUCGUGGGCUGAUUGGAAACUGGAUAUUCAUAGGGAUCAUCGUGGCCACGGUAGUCUUCCAAGUCAUCAUAGUCGAGUUUCUGGGAGCGUUUGCCAGCACCGUACCAUUGAACUGGGAGCUGUGGCUACUCAGUAUUGCACUGGGCUCUGUGGGCAUGCCUAUCGCUGUAGUCUUGAAGUGCAUUCCUGUCAAGAAUGACACGACUGCUACACAGCACGACGGCUAUGAUCCGCUCCCAACUGGUCCAGAACUUGCUUAAAACACCAUAUUUUUCCAGCUCAGACUUGAAUGGAGUUUUUUCAGUAUCCAUUUUUGGCCCGCUGACACUUUCUUAAUGGUUUUCUUUGAGGUCUUUUAAUAAGGUAUGAACGAAAAAAGAUUUUUACAGAUAAUCGAACACGUUUGUGAAGUUGAAACCAUGUUUGCAUUGGUGCUGACUUAGAAUUGUACAUCAUUUCGAAACUAUGGGUAUUUUUUUGAGUGCAAAUUUUCCGAUCUUUGCUCAUCA